UUCACUGUAUCCCUCUCUUUGUAAUUGAUUCUAUGAACCUUACAUAUACAUUUGAUUCUCAAACAUAAUCGAAUAUUAGUAAAUAUGUAAGAACGUACCUAUGAGGAGGCAGACUGUUUCGUGUUAGAGUAUUUAAGUAAUCUUCCUGAUAGUAGUUAUUUGUAUCAUCCUCUGCAGAGUCGAAACUAAGAAAUGUUCUGGUUUCACCAGGAAAUCUGGAAAUUAAUAUUUCAUUUAGUUGGUCGACAUACUCAUUUCUGCUAGCCAGGAUAGCCGUUUUGUCAUGUAUUUUGCAGAACUUGCUUUUUCAGGCAACGAUGGAAAUAUUUACUCUAUUAAGGCAUCUGAACCAGUGCUAUCACUCGUAGUUUCAAUAACCAAUUGUCUUGGAAGUAGUACCAAAUCAUCUCUUAUUGUAGGUUCCUCGCCGUUACCUAUGCGUAGUAAGAAUUCACUGAAUGAUGUAUCUGUUCUGGCCCUCAUAUUUCUUGUUAUUUUAAUCUUUUCCAUUCGUUGCCACAAGUACGACUUUACCAAACUUGUAUUUACCGUUUUAUCCCUUGUAGAUUUUGGAAUUACUGGCAGUACAUGACGAAUAUCACCUCCGAAAACCAUUACUUUUCCACCAAAGGGUUCGUCAAUGUCCAGUAUAUCUCUGAAGCUCCUAUCAACCAUUUCAAUUGUCCAACGACUGGCCAUAGGUGCUUCAUCCUAGAUAAUCAACUUGGAUUUUUUAAUCAAUUUAGCUCCACCACUUUGCUUUGACAUACGUGUUACUGUUGUAUCAUUUGUCUGAAGUAGUAUCUCAAAUCUAGAAUGAGCCGUACGACCUCCCGAUAAAAGAGCUGCUACUACACCACUUGUUGCCAUUGCUAAUACUAUCAUGCCCCUCAAUACGAUAUUUGUAAUUAAUGCACGAUAUAGGAAUGUUUUUACGGUCCCUCCAUGUCCAUCGACAAAGAAUAAUCCCGAUUGGCCAGAUUCUAACCUUUGCAAUAUAAUCUUGAAUGCUUGCUCUUGUUCAGGAUUUAGCUUUAUUUUUGCAUCCAAAUCUUCUAAAGGAACUAUUAUAGACUCCUCCUCUAGUAUUUCUCUGCAUUCUAAUAUAAUUCUAUCAUCUACUCUCCGUUCAAGUUCAGGUAUGUCAUAAUUUUGAAUUCUCUUUCCCAUGCUCUCUAAGAAAUGAUUUAUGCUUUUCAGUGUGCAUUGAAGUUGAGUCGUAGGAGAAUUUUCAUGUAUUCUCUUAAAAUCUUCUGACAUGUCAUCAUAAUUUGUAUCCCAGAGCUUUCUCACAUCCGUCGGAUUACAAUGAACCAUAAUGUUGCAAAUAAAUUUCUAAGAGCCGAAUGUAUUUUGAAGACGACCGCUUCACGUAAGCAUUCAGAAAUGCUAUUAUCCGACUCGGAUCUGCAAUGACAAAAUUGAAGCGACUCGUUUUGAUUAGUGUGAGAGUGAGAAAUGAGCUAGGAGCAGCACAUCCAAAGUCAGCAGCAUUCUUAGUGUUUGUGGUGACAUCAAUUUCAUUUGUGAUAACUGUGGUGCAAGCUAUAAUCGUGUUAUGUUUGUGCAAUGUUAUUAGCUAUGCAUUCACUAAGGGUGAAACUGUAGCCAAUGCAGUGUCUGAUUUGUGUCCUUUUUUAGCUUUCACCCUCAUUCUCAAUGGCAUUCAACCAGUCUU